AUGUUGGGCUUCUGGAAACUUCCGGUCGCCGUUGCCCUCUGUGGGCUUCUUCUUGCCACGCUGUUGCCCAGCUCUGAGGCCCGACGCGGCCGUGGAGGUGGUGGUGGCUUCAGCCGCGGGGGAGGUGGUGGUGGCUACAGCCGAGGGGUGGGAGGAGGUGGCUACGGCCGUGGAUGGGGCGGCCAGUCCUACAGGCCCCCUCAAAGCAGUGGCCCCAGUGCAGGGAAGAUAGCAGGGGCCGCGGCUGCUGGAGCAGUGGGAGGAGCCAUGCUUGGGUCUGCCCUCAGCCGUCCUGGGUACGGGGGUUAUGGAGGAUACGGAGGUUAUGGGGGUUAUGGAGGAUAUGGCGGUGGGUAUGGAUACCCACGGUAUGGAGGCGGUUAUGGCCCAAGACCGGGCUACGAGCCUGAGGGCUCUGGAGACUUUGACUACUACUCUGGAGCCUCCAGCAGCGCCAUCUACAACAGCAUCAUCGUUGUCAUCGGCUCUCUGGUGUCUCUGCUCAUGGGGCCCUGGAUGGCAGUCAUGUGA